AUGGCGUAUAAUCCGUCUUCACAUUAUUUUAUGAAUCCAGGGCCUGCACCUACGCCACCUGUUAAAAUAUCUUCAUAUUCGUCUCUUAAUUCAGUGCCUUUACGUGGAACAGAGGUAUCUCAAAUACAUAAGGAUUCCAAGGGUAUUUUGAAAAUUGGAUGGGCGAGUGUGAAAGAAGAUAGUAUUAAAAGUUGGAUAUGGACAAAAAAGUAUUUGGUUUUGAAAGAAAAAGCACUUUAUAUUCUGAAGAACGAGAGCUCAACAAGUUCUGGGAUUGUUAUACCUCUACGUGAGAUUGUAAAUGUAGGCCGUAUUGAGUUGAAGGACUAUUGUUUUGAGAUUGUAAGGGAGCCUGGAAUUGGUACGUCUAUACCAGAUGGUUCCGGUACAAAGAAGAGCUAUUUUAUUAGUGUAAAAAGUGAUAAUGAACUUUAUUCAUGGAUGGAUGAGAUUUAUUCUAGAUGUCCAUUGAUGAUGGUUUCAAAUCCAACAAACUUUACACAUAAGGUUCACGUUGGUUUUGACCCCAAAAGCGGCGGAUUUACUGGGCUUCCAGAAGAAUGGACAAGGCUUUUAACAGCUAGUGCUAUUACGAAAGAAGAUUAUGCAAAAAAUCCAGAAGCAGUGAUUGAAGUGCUUCAAUUUUAUAGUGAUACUCAAUUACGAGAGAAAGACGAAUUUGGUGACAUGGGGAUGUAUAGAUCUGACAUUUAUAAUUCAGGAAUUUGUGAUAGGAGGUCUACAGUGCAAAAUAGAACAAAUAAUGAGAAUUUUUAUAUUAAUAAUGCUUAUAUUCAGACGUAUCCUCAGUCAUCAUUAUCUAAAAAUGUUAAUACUCUUGGUGAUCAAUUUAAAAAAAUGGAUAUUAAAAAUAUGGAGAAAAUGAUACCUCGACGUAUGCCUCCUACUUUGCCAUCGUAUCAGCCACAUAGAUCGAACGUUGAUGCGGGCUCUUCUCUUAAAAAUAUUGAGGCACUUCCUUCUGAUUCUGAAAAGCCGUUUCCACCCAUUUUGAAGAAACAAAGGAAUCCUCCGGCUGAUUUGUUAAAGCAUAAUCAAUCUCAAAAUAAUUUAGCGAUUAUGCGACAAGCACCAACUCAACCAUUGCCGAAAGUUCCCACUACACUAAAUACAACUGAUGCACCGAAUACACCUGUUGCUGUUCCUAUGAAACCGCAUGUUCAUGGAAAGUCUUCAUCAGCGCUACCGUUAAAUGUGCGGUCAGAUAAACAAGAACAGUUUUCUGAAGAAAAGAAAACAACUGAUUUGACAGAAAAUCAGGUUAUGGAGAGACUUAGAAAUGUGGUUUCAAUUGAAGAUCCGAAUAUUUUAUAUAGCAAGAUUAAGAAAGUAGGGCAGGGCGCUAGUGGUUCUGUUUAUGUCGCAAAAGUGAAUAUAAAUAUAAAAACAUGUAGUGGAGAAUUAAGAGCUGGUUCAAAAGUAGCUGUUAAACAAAUGGAUAUUGCUCAUCAGCCAAGGAGAGAAUUGAUUGUUAAUGAAGUUCUUGUAAUGAAAGAAAGUCAUCAUCCGAAUAUCGUUAAUUUUUUAGAUGCUUAUUUAGCUAAGAAUUCUGAAUUAUGGGUCAUUAUGGAAUAUAUGGAGGGCGGUGCUUUGACUGAUAUAAUUGAUAAUAAUACUUUAACAGAGGAUCAAAUUGCUGCUAUAUCUUUAGAGACAUGUAAAGGUCUUCAACACCUUCAUCAACAGAAAAUUAUUCAUAGGGAUAUUAAAAGUGAUAAUGUCCUUUUAGAUUUUCAUGGUCGCGUAAAAAUCACUGAUUUUGGGUUUUGUGCAAAAUUAACGGAACAAAAGAAUAAGCGUGCAACAAUGGUAGGAACACCAUAUUGGAUGGCUCCUGAAGUUGUUAAACAGAAGGAAUAUGGUGCAAAAGUUGACAUAUGGAGCUUGGGAAUUAUGGCUAUAGAAAUGAUAGAAACUGAGCCACCUUAUUUAAAUGAAGAACCUUUAAAGGCAUUGUAUCUUAUUGCUACUAAUGGCACUCCAACAUUAAAAAAACCGGAUAAGCUAAGCAAAGAACUUAAAAGCUUUCUGGCUGUUUGUUUGUGUGUAGAUGUGAAAAGCAGAGCUACUGCUGAGGAACUUUUAGAGCAUGAAUUUUUAAAGAAGUCAUGUAGUCUUUCUAAUCUGUCAUCUCUUUUGGCAUUUAAAACUGGGAAAUAA